AGUUUUCCGAAAUUUCAAGUGUCGUCUUCUUUCCCCCCCAUCUCGCGAUAUUUCCUCAAUGUCUGUGUCCUUCAUGUGAAAUCCAAAAUGGGUUAUUGGGAUCUGCAAGAGGGGAAAGAUUGUAUCGAGAAAACAUGGAUCACCACUAAAUUGGGCACAGCUCUAGGGUUGGUGGGUUCAGCCUAUCACAUUGUGGCAUUCCAGCCUGAUUCCGCAAUCCAAGCUGUUCAGAGAGCCACAAAUGGCACAGUAACCAUGGCUGCCUUGGGGGCGAUCUUUGGAAUGACCACUUGUCUAGCUGCACAGGCCCGGGAUGCUCCUGAUGAUCCGGUGAACUAUUUCCUCGGAGGCUGUGCAUCAGGAGUCUUUCUUGGAGCUCGUACUCACAGUGCAAUGACAGGCACGACGGCAUGUAUUGGGCUGGGGACACUGGCCAUGUUCACUAAGGUGGGCAAGAUGGAGGGCUGGAGAUUAGCUGGACCACCCAGGAUGUAAACAGCCCAAGGGGGAGACUAUAUAUUGACAUGUAUAUUGUAUAUUAAAUAUUCCUUGAAUAAACUUGUGUAAAAGAG